GGAAAACAUGUAUAUGGAUGAGGACUUCAACACUGAGUCCUUUGUAUUUACAGAUGAAGAUGCUGACCGGAUCCGUGUGACUGAUGACCUAAGGUACACAAAGGCUUUUUACAAGACUCAAAUUGAACAACCAAACUAGUAACAUGGAAUUCAAUGGAACAAGUCAUAUGGGUCUAAAUACAAGCGAGGAUGAAAGUGGUUUUGAUGAAAAUGCGAACAUACAUUUUGCUAUUGCAGCCUCGUGUGCCGUAGCACUUUGCUUAUUUGGAAUGGUGGGAAAUAUAAUAGUGUUCUGGUACCUCUGCUUUAGGAUUCCAAAGAACAAAUAUACUGUUUAUAUUAUAAACCUGACAGCUGCUGACUUCCUUUUUCUAACGUUCACUGUUUUUAUAAUUGGGAUCCAAUUUAAUAAAUUGAUUGGGGGAAAUAAUGAUUUUACAGGAAAAGAACAAUUGUAUCUAUUUGCUGAGAUAUUUUAUGAUUCUGCACAAUACUCUGGAAUGUUCUUCCUCACAGCUAUUAGUGUUGAAAGGUGUCUGUCUGUCUUAUUUCCCAUUUGGUACAAAUGUAAUAGACAAAAGAACCAGUCUUCCAUUGUGUGUAUCUGUCUUUGGAUUAUUGGCUGCUCUGAGAGUCUAAUUGAAAAUCUUGCUUGUUCAUCGAAGGAUUUUGAUGCCCAGACCAAUGCAUGUACAGGAAUUGAAAUAAUGAGAUUUGUUAUAAGUAUUGGUAUUUGUCUGCCAUUAAUGGUGACUUCAAGUCUUAUUCUGCUCUUCAGGAUACAAAGAACAUUACGACAACAGUACCCACCAAGGUUGUAUGUCAUUAUUAUUGCUGCAGUUUUUUUAUUCAUCUUAUCAGUUACUCCAUUCAGCUUUUUGUGGUUUCUUAUGUACUUUAAGCUUUUGUUUUCACAUGUUCAAACAGUGAGUUUAUUUUAUGCCAUUGUGUUCUGCACAGUGCUUAAUAGCACACUGAAUCCCUACAUUUACUUCAUUGUUGGGAGACUCAGGAAGACAACACCUAAAGUCUCCAUACAUGAGAUUCUUCAGAGAGCCUUCCAUGAAGAAGAGGCAGAGAGAGAGAAAAUAACAAACAAAGAAGUGGAUACUGAAUCAAGUCAAUAG